AGAGGACAAAGCUGUUUACACGCGACGGCAGGGCGAGAAGGGGGAGGUGGUUUACAGGAGUAUAUAAAGGAUCUUGUAGUGACAUGUGUAUAGUUGCGGUCAGAGCAUUACAUUUGGAGUGAGAGGUUUUUUUUACUUAUUGAAAGAAGACUCUACAUUCUGACCGUGGAAUAUUCUGACGACCUAUAUUUAUUAGCCAAUUUAACAUAUUUUUUUUGUAUUUUACCCGUGCUGUCAAACUGGGACACAAGUUUUAAGGAUGGUAUUAAUAAUGAUUUUCUCCGUCACCUUUACUGUUGCAUUCGGGAUUUUUCAUACAGCUGCGUCGGUGUCCACCGCAGAAGUGAUGGUAGCGGGUACAUCCAGCCCUGUGCACCACAUCAGGUCGAAGCGGUGCUCUUGCGCAACCUUCCUCGACAAGGAGUGUGUCUAUUUCUGCCACCUUGAUAUAAUCUGGGUCAACACUCCAGAGCGCACCGUUUCUUAUGGACUAGGCAACGUCGAGAGGAAGAAGCGCUCCUUACGCGAGCUCUCGGACUCAAAGCAAAAGUCACGCUGCAAGUGUAAAGACGAAAAAGACAUCAAGUGCACGACUUUCUGUGAAACAGCAAACAUCAGUUCAUUCCAUAACGCGUGUUGUUUCGUUCUCAGGUAUCAGACUGCUUCUGUCAAGCAGAUCCACGCCGCCGAAGGCGAUGGCGGUGUGAAGAGGCAAUGCAAACACGAGCUGACUGCCAAGACGAGGAGGAUUAAACGCAGAGAGCGAAGGAGGACGGGCGUAGUGGACCGGACUGCUCGGAGGGGCAGCAGGAAUGCCCGCCUGCUGCUGGAAAAGUGGAGGAACAGGCAACACCACCGCCAAAAAGCAUGGCUCACCAGGAACGCUGCUGCAUAAAGAAAUUCCUGGAAAUCCCUGCCAUUCACCUUUGCACUGCGUGGCAAAGGGGGCUCACCCCCGGUCUACCUGACAGUGAGGAUGCCAGGAUGUGUACAGCUUCCUCUUGCCGGUGUCGGAAUACCCACUGGAGAAGACGCAAAGGCGGGCGUUUCGGGGUGCUGGCGUUCUGUGAGGCCCUCUAAAGAGCUGAAAGAUGUGCUGCGUUUGUACUCCGUUGCCGUGACAACCCUGCUGGGAUUGUCUGGGGUCCCCAUGGAGACUGAGAGGAAGUGGCCCGAGGGGGUUCCCCGCUGCCCUGCUGGCACACCUGUGGUGGCGUGGUGUGGCACGGGGCUCCGCUGAAAGACUGGUCAAAGUGCUGCCUGCUGUGUUUCAGUGGAACAACAACCACCUCAGACCUCCUGCCAAAGACACAGUCCUGAACCUCCCAGGGGGAAACAACAGCUCCUCAGUCUGCUGCUGGAUGGACAUCUCCGAACACAACUCUGACUCUCAAGACACUGCAGAAAUGCCUGAAAUAACAACAACAGGACUGAUUUUGUUCGUUCUCAAAUAUUUUUUAACUGAUUUUUUUUAAGACAUUUCAAAAAAGCCAGAUUCACAGAUGUCUAAUUGGCCAAAUACUCCCAGUGACUCUAGUUAGGGGAACAUACUGUCAUGUUACAAAGAUUGGAGACAAACAAACAAACAAACAAACAAACAAACCAAAAAACAACAUGGAACAAGUGACAGCCUCAGAAGGAAACCCUAAGGGAGAUGUAUUUGUUAGUUCACACAUACAGUUUAAGUUGAAAUUCUUUUGUAUUUAUUCUAUUUUAUUCUAUUUAGUUUGUCUGAACUCAGUCACCAAUUAUUAUUAUUAUUAUUAUGUCCCUAUUCUGUAUAAUUGUUCUGUGGUAGUCGCCAUGUUAAGUAAUGAAAUGAUCUAUACACAUUGUUAAAUAAUCUUAAGCAGUACUAUAGUACUUAUAGCAGUACUAUAUAGUUUGUCCAUGUUAAACAUGAAAUGUAUAGGACCACAUUGGCCAGUUAUUCUUGAUGUACUUCAUUUCUGUGAAAUGUCUCAACUAAGUGCCAUGACUGGUAAAAUAACUGUAGUUAUUAUCAAUUAAACCUGUUUGAACUAAACAGUAAA